AUGAACAGCAACGCUGACGAGGGCGCUCUUCAGCUAGCUGCCACGCAGCGCGAAGCUGGUUGGGCAGCCUACCGGAAGGGGGCCUUCGGUGAAAUGCGCGACGCAUUCUCGGAUGCCGUAAACACCUGUGAGAGUAUCCCGCCGCCUGUGAGCACGGCGGCCAAACGAGCGCUUGCAAACUCGCUGCGCGGCCGUGCAGUUGCCCUGAACAAGAAGGGUGAUAUCGCAGCGGCGUCGCGUGACACCUCGCAGGCACUGCAGCUGCUUGCCGAGCCGGAUCUUGCUGCUGCACCUGGCAUUCAGCGGCUGCACGAAAUGUGUGUGACGUUGCAAGGUCAUUUGCGCAUGCACGAGGGCACGCCACAGUAUGAUCCUGCAGCCGCGCUGCAGCACUUUCAGCUGGCACUAGCCAUUGCGCAGGCUGACAACCGCUCAGAAAUUGAUGCAGCACCCAGCCAGCACCGCCUCGUCUCGGGGUCAUCGGGAUCAAAGCUUGACGUCACCAGUUCGCUGUCAAACAUUGGUCAGGCUGAGUUGCACUUAGGCCACUACGCGCAGGCAGAGUCUCAUUUGAGGCAAGUUAUUGAAGGUUCUGUUGUGCCCGAACGUCUCUGCGUGGCUCACGGAGUGUUGGGAUCAGUCUUUCGGCAGCAAGGCCGCUGGCUUCAGGCCAUGGAGCAUUGGCAGGAAGCACUCCGCCAGGCUCGUAUGGCGGGCGAGGUGGAUGCGGAAGCGGCAUUACUGGCGAAAAUAGCGCGUUACCAGCGGCGCGUGCCUGAACUGCAGGGUCAGCCAAGCGUCUACGCCGAUCUGUCGAGUGCCCUGCAGCGUCUCGGUCGGACGCCUGAUGCUGCUUGCAGUAUUUGCAUGGACGAGAUGCAUCUGGGCGAGGGUGUGAUCAUUCUCGAAACUUGCCUGCACGCGUAUCAUAGCGAAUGCCUCGAACAGUUCUGGCGAACUCGCGGCUAUGGCGGCGUCACGACAACGAACUGUCCGAUGUGUCAACCAUGA